AUGGAUUCUUCACGCACCAUUGAGGACUCUUUGAGAGAUUUGGAAACAGCCUUUUGCGGUUCCAAGGGGGGUGGAAGCGGUGUGGGUACGUGGGACACAUCAAGGGUUAACUCAUUUGCUAACAGUGCGGGGACCUUUUGCAGCACGAUAUUUGACCUCGGCUUAUUUGAGUACAAGAUUGAUGCUCAAGAGAAGCAGGGGUCAUCUGGCGAAGAAACGGAGAAGAGUGGUGGGUGUGCGGCGCAAGGACAGGAGGGAUCGUACAUUGAAUCACAGAAAUCUAACUACACGUAUUCUUCUCACGUUACGACGGGAUCUUGUAGGACAGUGGGACUCCUGGACCCUAAUACGUACCAGGAGAACCGCGGUUAUUUAAAUAAGUUUGUCCCGCGGAGAUUGCCCAAGAGCAGCGUGAUCAUCCCUAGUUGGAUCAAUAUUCCAGAGAUGUCCAAAUUCUUCAUCAUCAAAUCCAACAGUUUGGAUCACAUCAAAAAAUCAUUCUAUAACGGUAUCUGGUCUUCCACCCAUUUCGGAAACAAGAGACUCUCCGAGCAUUUCAAGAGGGCACAAGCUGACAACGGUAAAAUGUUUCUACUGUUCUCUGUGAACGGGUCUGGGAAAUUUUGCGGUAUUGCUGAGAUGGUCACCGACUUGCAAUUGGAUCUUGACACGGUUUUAUGGGAUGACAGGAACAAAUACGGUUCCGCGUUUAAAGUCAGGUGGUUAGUCGUUAGGGACGUGCACAAUAAGUGCUUGAAAAGGUUCCUAUUGCCCAAUAACGAAAUGAAGCCAGUCACUAACUCCAGGGACACGCAAGAGAUACCUUAUUUGAUUGGCGUAGCCAUCUUAAAGAUUUUCAAGUCCCAGAACCCUCUAAAUUCCAGUGAACUGACCUCAUUUUUAGACAUUGAUUACACUUGA